GAGGAACUGGAAGGAGGGAGUAAACUAUUACCACGUGACGUUCGGGUCAGGUGGUUGGGCCAGCCUCCGCACUCGAGCUUUGAUUGGCUGACUCUAAUAAGAAGACGCCACUAGGGGCGGGGCGAAGAGGGGCGCAAGCUCACUGCGUUUUGAGUCUCGGGACCCCUGUUGGAGAGACUAUGGCGCUCAACAAGAAUCACUCGGAGGGCGGCGGAGUGAUCGUCAAUAACACCGAGAGCAUCCUAAUGUCCUAUGAUCAUGUGGAACUCACAUUCAAUGACAUGAAGAACGUGCCAGAAGCCUUCAAAGGGACCAAGAAAGGCACUGUCUACCUUACCCCUUACCGGGUCAUCUUUCUGUCCAAGGGCAAGGAUGCCAUGCAGUCCUUCAUGAUGCCAUUUUAUCUCAUGAAAGACUGUGAGAUCAAGCAGCCCGUAUUUGGUGCAAACUACAUCAAGGGAACAGUGAAGGCGGAAGCGGGAGGUGGCUGGGAAGGCUCUGCUUCCUACAAGUUGACUUUCACGGCAGGGGGCGCCAUUGAGUUCGGACAGCGGAUGCUCCACGUGGCAUCUCAAGCCUCCAGAGGUGAAGUCCCCAGUGGAGCCUAUGGCUACUCUUACAUGCCCAGCGGGGCCUAUGUCUAUCCCCCGCCAGUCGCCAAUGGAAUGUACCCCUGCCCUCCUGGCUACCCCUAUCCACCGCCCCCGCCUGAGUUCUAUCCAGGACCCCCCAUGAUGGACGGGGCCAUGGGAUACGUGCAGCCCCCACCACCGCCCUACCCUGGGCCCAUGGAACCUCCGGUCAGCGGCCCCGAUGUCCCCUCCACUCCUGCAGCCGAAGCCAAGGCCGCAGAAGCAGCCGCCAGCGCCUAUUACAACCCGGGCAAUCCUCACAACGUCUACAUGCCCACGAGCCAGCCGCCGCCACCUCCCUACUACCCACCGGAAGAUAAGAAGACCCAGUAGGCCCUCCUGCCUCCCUGCCUCCCACCCUCAUCUCUCUACCCUACCCCUCCCAUCGGGGCUGUGCUGGGGCUUGGGGAGGGGAGGGGGCGCCUUGUUCUCCCUCCAGGUCUGAUCAUAUACAAUUACCAGGAACUAGCAUUGUGGGACAUUAGGGCCCCCGGCCUCGGGAGAGGUGCCGCCCAGCUUCCCAUGCCAGCCUGGAGCCCACAGUGCUGCCCAGCAUACCUCCCUCACCGUCUGGGGCUCUCCUGGGAGCACGGAGCAUCCCCUGUUCCUGUUUCACUCUCAGCUUCUCCCCUCGAAGGGACUCUCUGGCCACCUCCUCCACCGCAGUCCAGCUCCCUCAGUCUGGCACCCACUGCUACACUCAGCCUCAUGAGCCACUUCAGACCAGCCAGGUGUCUUCCCGGGCCCUGCCAGACCGUGCUCACAUUCCCUCUGCUGGUCUGUGCUGGUCUCAGAAGGCCACCGCGCCCGCAUUCCACUCAGCCAGGGUCCAGCUGCAGCCCCCGCCACCCUUCCUUCCCUUCCCUGUCCUGGGUCAUGUUGUUGCCACCCUGUGUGACUUCUGAAGCUGUAAAAUGAGCUUCCAGGGCUUGGGUGGCAUCGGGGCAGGGCCGCCGAGGCUGGGAGGAAGCCCUUCUGCCUUUUGCUGGUGUUUCUGGAAUUUGCUUUCCCUCACCUCUCACUUCCUUCUAGAAGGAGCUUCCUGACUGGAACCAGAGAAUGCAUGUCUGUCCACUUGGUGGCUGCUGGGUGGGGCCGGGAACAAGGGCCCCUGACCCUGUGUGCUGGCCGGGACCUGCCACCAGCCCCCCAGCCUGCUUCUUCCCCUUAAGCUUUGUGCCCCUGGAUGCGCUAACAUUCACUCUUGUUUGUUCCUGGACUGGCCAUGAAGUGAGGAGAUGGUUAUUUAAAGAGAAUUCCCUAUUUAUUUGACAAAAAAUCCAGUUAAUAUAUUAAUGUGAAAUAAACCCUGUUUGCACCUCGA